AUGAAGGUCUCCGUUGAUGAUGUUGUUAUGCCUGGGGAUUACUGUGAAGGAAUUGUUACAGCCGGCGAGAAAAGCAAAGUAAUUCUUGGACCAGGGCUUCGUAAAGAAAUCGACAAAGUUUACGUUACUAAAGCCGGAGUUCUCAAAAAACGUGCACUAAACACGUAUUGGGUGGAUAGCUACCAAAAACGUUACGUACCAUCUCGAGGAGAGAAUGUCAUAGGAAUCGUGGUGCAGAAGGCUGGAGAAACAUUUCGUGUGGAUGUAGGUGGAAGUUGCUCAGCAACAUUGUCCUACCUCUCUUUCGAAGGCGCUACAAAGAAAAAUAGACCUGAAGUACAAAGGUUGCACGAUCUCUCACAGGUUUUGCAGAUGGCUGUGACUGAGAACUACAAUCCCCUUGCCAGCGAAAGUGAUCACGAGCCCCUCUCAACGAUAUUAAAAAGCCACGCAUACAAUUUCCAGAACGGAAAGUUCACGUUCGUUUGUCGGGAGACAUCGUUACUUCUCCAUCCGGACGAUUCCCAACCGUUUGGCUGA